AUGGAUCUUUACGAGCAAAACGAGACCUCUUCUUCCUCGGAGUGCGCCGGAGCGCUGGCGGACGCGCUCCGGGGCAACGGGAGCUCCGAGGCAUCGAACCUCACCUGCGGAAACGCCUUCACACACCUCACACCUCGGCGUGUGAGGCACAGAGAUGAGGACCACACGCUGCGCAUCCUGCUCUACUCGCUCAUCUUCUUCCUGAGUGUGUUCGGGAAUCUGCUGAUCAUCGUGGUGCUGACGCUCAACAAGCGCAUGCGCACCGUGACCAACACUUUCCUGCUGUCACUCGCCGUCAGUGACCUGAUGAUGGCCGUGUUCUGCAUGCCCUUCACCCUCAUCCCGAGCAUCCUCAAGGACUUCAUCUUUGGAGCGGCCAUGUGCAAGAUAGUGUCCUACUUCAUGGGCCUAUCCGUGAGCAUCUCCACGUUUAGCCUGGUUGCCAUAGCGAUUGAGCGUUAUAGCGCCAUCUGUAACCCCUUGAAGUCGCGAGUGUGGCAGACCCGGUCCCACGCCUAUCGGGUCAUCGCUGCCACAUGGGUGCUGGCCUUCAUCAUCAUGAUCCCGUAUCCAAUCAUCAGUCACCUGGAAACUUUUCAGCGCCCGGACAACACCACAGCGCACCAGUGUCGCCUCAAGUGGCCACUGCCAAUCGCCCAGCAGACCUGGUACAUUCUGCUUCUGCUUGUGCUGUUCGCGAUCCCGGGGGUGGUGAUGAUUGUGGCUUACGGACUGAUCUCCAGGGAACUGUACAGAGGCAUCCAGUUUGAGAUGGGCCACAAGAAAAACUCUACUGAUGUGAAAAAUGGCCUGACCUCGACUGUUUCAUGCGGGAGUGAUGAUGGAGACGGCUGCUACGUUAAUGUCCAGCGGCCACUCGCAGUGGAGAUGUCCACCAUGGUCGCAUCGAGCCGCCCGGUCAAGGCAGAGCGGCUACGCAGCAACACGUCGGAGGCCAAGCUGGAGGCCAAGAAGCGAGUCAUACGCAUGCUGGUGGUCAUCGUCGUACUUUUCUUCCUCUGCUGGAUGCCGCUGUACUGUGUCAACACGUGGCGGGCCUUCGACGACAUCUCCGCCACGCACGCCCUCUCGGGUGCCCCCAUCGCUUUUAUCCACUUGCUGUGCUACACCUCGGCCUGCGUUAACCCGAUCAUUUACUGCUUCAUGAACACACGUUUCCGCAAAGCCCUGCUCGCCACGUUCUCCUGCUGCGCCGCGCCUUGCCACCGCCGCCGCCGCCGCCGUGGGCUACGGGACAAUGAGGAGGAUGUCAUGGCAACGGGGGCGUCCAUGUCCAAGUUCAGUUACACUACAGUCAGCACCAUGGGAACCUGCUGA